AUGGUCCACUACUGGCAAUGUCUCCUGGUAGGAGUGCUACUGAAGAGAUUGGUAGAGGCCAGCCAACCGUCGCUACCAUCGGGAACACCCGACGGACAACCCAGACUUUCUCAAGUUUACGAGACAACGACGGCGAUACCUCUCCCCAAUGUCGGCAAUCUACAAGUCCACGACCCAAACAUAAUCUUCUGGGAUGACCACUAUUAUCUCUUCAAAGGUGGGCAAUAUAUACCAUUCUUCAAAGCCGCCAAUAUGAGCGGACCAUGGUCACAGGUUGGCACUGUGCUUGAAGGCGAAAGCAUCAUCCACCAGGGAAAUAGCAACAGAUCAAGACCGUGGGCACCCACAACGGUUGAACGCAACGGGACAUUCUACUGCUAUUACACCCUCAGCACGUCAGGCUCUCAAAAGAGCGCGAUUGGCGUAGCCACGAGCACAACGCUAGACGAAUCAUCGUGGAUCGAUCAUGGAGCUGUGAUUCGGACGGGCGUGGGAAAUGGAUCUGAUAUCUGGCCGUUCACUGUGACCAACGCGAUUGAUGCGUCAUUUGUUCAGGAUAAUCUGACCGGCAAAGCAUAUCUGAACUAUGGCAGCUUCUGGCACGAUAUCUGGCAAGUCCCGCUCACAGACGACUGGCUCUCAAUUGAGAGUCCGCAGAAACCGGACGCCAGGCAGCUCACCUUCAUUCCCCACGAGGCGGUUCGUCCGCAAGAAGGCUCGUGGAUGAGCUCCCGUGAUGGGUACUACUAUGUCUGGUUUAGCCAUGGCAGAUGCUGCAAUUUCGACAAGCGUGGAUUUCCCGACCGGGGCAACGAAUACAGUAUCCGAGUUGGCCGGUCGCGAGACGUCCGUGGUCCGUUCGUAGAUCGUACGGGCAAGUCAUUGCUCGACGGAGGUGGAACGAUCGUUUAUGCCUCGAAUCAUGGGUUGGUCUAUGCGCCUGGUGGGGUGGGAGUCUUGUCGGGAAGCUCCUCGACUUUGGAUAUCCUUUACUAUCACUAUUUGAAUACGUCUGUGGGCUUCCGUGAUGAUCAAGCACAGCUCGGUUACAGCUAUCUACAGUAUGACCACGGCUGGCCUGUCGUGUUGGACGGCAUCGUCGCCCAGAGUGGCGCUGCCAGGGCGUUACGCCUUCUAGACCCGUGGUCCAUCACUUUCUGCUUUGGUGAGUGCGCUCUUGGACUCAACCCCCAUCUCUGUGACUCACUGACCGAUGUGUCACCAUCUAGGGUUUUGGUUCUACGUCAUUUGCAGAGGGUAGAGUCUGAUCUGCCGUGA